CAAAGAACUACAUCGCUAAUCGCACCACCACAUUUAUCAACUCAGUAACCAAGAACCAAAGACCAUGUCUGCUGCUACCACCAACUCCACCGCCCCCACCACUACCGCCCCUACCAAUGGGGCUACCACCGGUACCGGCUCUACUUCCAUCACCCAGGGUGUCAAGGACUUCUUCAAGGGUUCUCACAAGGCCGACAGCACUGAGGUUUGCACCGAGCACGCUCCCGAAAUUGUCCAGGAGCACGUUCGUCCCCAAGAGCACACCCAGACCGCUGAGGCCAUCGACCGUGAAAGGCAUAUCCACCACCACCAGCACCGAAUUCAGCCCAUCGAGCACAAGGUCGCCCUUGACCCCAAGCAUGUCCACGUCACCGGUGCCGCUGUUGUCCGUGAGCACAAGGAAGACAUGCUCCCCGAGCACCAGGAGACUCUCCACGCCCAGAGGACUUUGCACACCAACCAGCAAACUACCGGUGACGUCGAGAAGUCUCAUGCCCACAUCGGUACUCACAUCAACACUCACGAGCACCACCACAUUCACGAGACUAUCCAGCCGGUGAUCCAGAGGGAGACUAUUCAGCCCACCGUCAUCCACCACACCGCCGCCAUCCACGAGAAGGUCCACGAAGCGCCCAUCGUUCACGAGGUCACCACUCUCCCCCCUAUCGGCCACGACCAGUUCUUGAAGCUCAAGGAAGGUCUCUCCGGUGCUACCCACUCCGACAAGUCUCACUCUCACCAACAUUACGAGGGUGCUCCCCGAGUCGGCGGCCACACCUCUCAAACUGGCACCACUUCCUCUGCCGCCCCUUCGACCACUCAGGGCCCCACCACCACCAUCUAAACUACAUAAUGUAAUUCAUAAUCUUCAUUGUACGGGGUCUUAGGGGGUUUGCGUAGGGGUAGAGCAAACGAUAUCAAGUUUGAAGUUUUCAUCUGUAGCCAUUAGCAUCUUAAUCCGUUAUAACAGUAAAUACACGUUUCGUUAUCAUGUUAUGCAGAG